UGUUCGGGGUCUCUUUUGGUUUGCUGUUGAGCUUUGGAAACCCUGAGGCGUGACCAGUUUUCAGCCUUCAAAACCGAGAUGAACUGCUCUUGAGAGAGGGUGUAGUCAGGGAGGAAACAUGCUCGGUCUCUCUCUCCUGAGCCGGGGACAUGGGAAGUUGGUCCAGGACAAACAGAAGUUGGAAGUCUAUUUUGAACCAGAGGACUAUUUGAACUGGAAGUCCCCGGAAGACUAUGUCCUAGUCAGCAAACCCCAGGAUGGAGACAGUGCCAGCCAGCACUCCUGGAGCCUCUUUCUUCCUAAGACCUUCAGCACAAGAAAGGGGGCACUGAUCCUGUACUCAGAGGGGUUAGCUGUGUCAGCGUGGACACCCAAAGAGAGGAGAAGAGGUCACUGGAAGAAGCCAGACCUUGAACUGCACACGCUUCAAGACCUCAAAGAAGCCAUCUUGGCUUAUGGAAGGAGACAGAGGGAGCAGGACAGAGCCUGGCAACCUUACCUCUACUUCCGAAGCAAGCCAGAGAGCCAGACUCUACGGCAGAUCCAGCCUGGGUAUUCGGCCAAGAGAUAUCUCCGGGGCCUUUUGCGGACAUGGCCCCCAGAUACCAUGUACAGACUUCAGUGCGCAGGACACAUCAAGGAUUCCGUGCUGCUCCAGGACAGUCAGCUUGGGAUACCCAAGAAUCUCAGGCCGCAGCAGGAUCUCUCGGGUGCUCCCCGAAAAUACCAUCUCCUGCCUGUCUACCCUCCGUUUUGGAUUCAACAGAGACCGUCUUACGAACGAGGCCUGAAGGAAGAGGAAGCUGGCACGGGUGCUCAUGUAGACCAGGGCUCUGCCGCCCAGAACCACAGCAAUCCGUGGACCCAGCCAACACCACUCAGGAAGCAGUCACGGCGGGAAGAUGAACGCCAGGCUGAGGAAGCCCUGCUAGAGAGCCACCUCUAUGUCCACACCUCGGAGGAAAGCCACAAUGAAAAGACACAGCCAGCCUCCAGAAAGGCCCUUGGGCAUGCCCGCAUCAGUCACCUCCAGCUUCCUAGCGACAGAGACCUCUUCACCGUCUACAGCGGUGCCUUCCCAGAUAAUCAAGGGAACAUGCAACCCCACAAGACCAGAGGCAGUUGCUUGUCCCAGGAGCCUCCUGUUAGAGGGUGCCUUCUCCCUCCUAUACCAUCUGCCACGGGCUCAGAACAAAGAGCUCUCGGGGAAACAAAGAAAAAAAAGGCGCCAAAGGCUCUGAAAUUACCUCCUAUUUCAGAAGAAUCACCCAGAGUCUUCAACCCCCUGAGGAGCCGUUUUAAAACCAAUGAACCCCCAAUGGAGCUCUUCAUUAUCCCAAUGGAGAUUCAUUUUCAUGCCCCACGGGCCCCCAAAGAAAAGGCCUGCAGGAGAGGUGCUCAGCACCCUGACUCCGAUCCAGAACCAGAAGAAGCCACAACUUUAUGGCAGCCUCAGCUGAAGCAUCUGUACUUAGAAAGGCCCAGGGGGAUAACUGUGCAUCUCCCAGUGGCCAGUGGCCAGGACACACCCUCACCUCAAGGAGAUGGUGAUAUCCUGGUCCAGAGCGAGGACCAACCAGUGGGUCUCCUACUCCCAAUUAAAGAACGCAAAAGUUCAAAGGUCCAGAGGGACAUGGACAGCCCCAGGACCUCAGGUGGCCCAAGAGAGAGAGCACUGCCAGAAAAAACAGAAAACUCCAGAAAUCCCACACUGGGACACUUCUUGCUGAGUACGGAUGGUGAAAACUCCCACCAGUCUCUCGCGAGGCGCAUGGGUACAGAGGUGCUUCCACUGAAACAAGCAAACACCAAAUCCAGAGCCAAUCUUCAUCGAACUCCUUAUGAAACCUCCUCACCUCUGACUCAAGCAACAGAGAAGCAGGAACAUGGAGAUGAAACUGACUCCCAUGAAGAACCAAGAGGACCCCACAGAGGGAAUGACAAAGACAGCCAAGACCCAGAGCUAAGGGACCUGACUCUUGACCACUUCAGUAGUCCCGUGGAUGAGUACAACCAGACCUCUGAGGCUGACACCGUGAAAAGCACGGACAGGGAUGUGCACGGAGGACUACUAGAACAUGAGCCUGCAUCCCCAGAGAAGCUGGGGUCUGAGACUGCAUCUCUUCUUCCAAGGAAAAAAAAUAAGAAGACGGAACCGAAACCCAAAUCGUUCGGCCAGCACACCUCAGCUGCCGCCAGUCACGGAAAGGAUUUGGUUGACAAGGCAAAGAGGAAGAAAAGAACCAAGACAAACAAGGCCAGAGGACCCAAAACAGAGAGAGAAGGAAGGGUCUUGGGGCACGCAGAGGCUGCUGGAGGAAAGUCAAAGGAUUCAAGAACUGAAAAGAAAUCAGAGCUAAUUCCUAGAGAAAAGAAACCGAGGAUCAAAGUGAAAAGGACACAGAAAGAGAGGAACGCGGAGACGGCGGAAGAGCUGAGUGAGCCCGACGUCGCUAACGCCAAGGAAGCAGGUGGUACCUCAGAGAAAGGGCUUCUCCGUCCACACUCUGCCACCGAGGAGCCUUGGCUUUCUCCUGAAUCGGAUGCUCUGGAGAGCCAGGUUUUUAUAGACGGAAGAUUGUCACACACACAGGCCACGGGUGUCAUUAACAACAUGGAAUCUGAAAAAGAGAGAAGCCCUGAAGACCCUUCUAAGGCCCUCCUGGAUAAGGCUUCUCGGGACAGAAUUCGCCUAGAGAGGGCAGAGAUGAGGCGGCUGGAGGUGGAGCGGAAGAGAAGGGAGCAGGAAGAGUUGGCCAGGCUCCAUAAGGAGCAGCUGGAGAGAGCAGAGAAGAUGAAGGAGGAGCUGGAACUGGAGCAGCAGAGGCGCGCUGAGGAGAUCCGCCUGAGGAAGCAGAGGCUGGAGGAAGAGCGGCAGCGGCAGGAGGAAGAGGAGAGGAAGAGGAGGCGCCAGCUGCAGGUGGCCCAGGAGAGAGCCCGACAGCAGCAAGAGGAGCUCCGGAGGAAACUACAAGAACUGCAGAGAGAAAGGCAGCAGAAGGAGGUGGAGAGGGCUGAGGCGGAGAAGCAACGGCAGAGAGAACUGGAAACGCAGUUGGCAGAAGAACAGAAACGCCUGAUGGAAAUGGCUGAAGAAGAACGGCUGGAGUACCAGUGGCAGAAACUGGAAGCAGAAGAGAAGGCUCGGCGGGAGGCUGAGGAAAAGAGGCAACGGGAAGAGGCGGCGGCAAAACUGGCUCUGGAGGAAGCCAUGAAACUUGCCCAGGAGCAAGACAGGCAAAAAGCAGCUUUGGAGAAACAGCUUCGUUUUCAUCAAGAACUCUUAAAGGAAGCCAGCGGUCUGCAGUGGACACAGAACAUUUCCAGACCAUGGGUCUACUCAUAUUUCCAGUUCCUACAAAUCCCCAAGCCGUAA